GUGAUACACACCCGCCCCGCCCGCUGUCAGCAGUAGGGCGGGCGGGAAAAGCUCCGCAGAAGGAGGCGCAUUUACCUCCGGUCCUGGGCCUAGCGCUGCCUGAGCCCGCGGGCUCUGCAGACCCAUAACGCGACAGCCCCUUUCCCAGCGCUUCCCCGGCGGGGAGAACCGGCUCGGCCGCGCUGCUUGGCCCCCCCGCCUCGGCCGGGAGUUCCUGCGGUGUCCGAGCCCGCCCGAAAGGGGCGGAGGUCCCGCACCGGCGAUGGCGGACGAGGCGCUGUUCCUGCUGCUGCACAGCGAGAUGGUGGCGGGGCUGUACCGCGCCGCCGAGCAGGGCGAAGGGGAGAAUGGGCGCUGCACCACCAAGCUGGAGAGCAUGGGCUUCCGCGUCGGACAGGGGCUCAUCGAGAGGUUUACAAAAGAUACUGCCAGGUUCAAGGAUGAAUUAGAUAUUAUGAAGUUCAUUUGCAAAGAUUUUUGGACAACUGUAUUCAAAAAACAAAUAGAUAACCUAAGGACUAAUCAUCAGGGUAUUUAUGUCCUCCAAGACAAUAAAUUUCGUCUCUUGACACAAAUGUCUGCAGGAAAGCAGUAUUUAGAACAUGCACCGAAGUAUUUAGCUUUUACCUGUGGACUAAUCAGAGGAGGCCUAUCGAAUUUGGGAAUAAAGAGUAUUGUAACAGCUGAAGUUUCAUCAAUGCCUGCAUGUAAAUUUCAGGUGAUGAUACAGAAGAUGUAGAGCACAUUCAAUUCAGUAUCUUGGCUCAGUCUUGUAUAUAACUUGUAAAUUAUAGCAGUAUGCAGCACAAUUCCAAAAUAUGUAAUAAAUAUUCAUUGAAAUAAUUUAACACUA